AUGUGGUGGGAUACUCUGAAAAAUAAACUGUUAAACACCUCCUACGCAGAAGCACCAAAGCCACAGGUAUCUGAAGCAGAUUUGGAACGCUCGAGAGACCGAUAUCCGAUACCUAAAAAGUACCUGGAAAACCCAGAUCUGAUUCCUAAGUACUACUCGUUCCAGUCAAACCUGGUCACCGAUGAGGACCUACUUCCAGGUAUGCUCAGGCAACUUGAGGUGGAUAAGAGGCUGACAUUGCCAACGAGGACACACAUACGCUUUCUAGUCACUGCAACUGACGUGUUACACUGCUGGUCAGUUCCAUCCCUGGGGAUUAAAGUUGACGCAGUCCCAGGACGAUUAUGCAAGGUGACAACUUUUAUACUGCGUGAGGGCGUGUUUUACGGCCAAUGCAGUGAGAUGUGCGGCACAUUACACGGCUUUAUGCCGAUCGUCGUGGAGGCAGUGUCGCCAGAGAAGUACUCCGAACACGCCAAAAAGUACUAUCAAGAGGAUUAA